UCAUCGCAGGUGAUGCUAAACAUCAAAUUGGGAAGGUUAAGACGGUCGAUAUGUUUACAAAUAGAGUUUGGGUUGAUGGUGUAAAAGGCAGAAAAACUUCGCCGAAUGAGAUUUCAAAUGCUUCUGAUCAAUCUGACAACAAGGUUUGUGGAACUGAUAAUGUCAUUAUCCCUUUCCCACCAAGGCCAGAAAAGUCAGAAUAUAAACAAGAAAAACUUGCAAGUGAAAUGACAUGGUCGGUUUCAAAAGAUUAUCCAUUACCCCCGGGUGUAAUUGACGAAUUGCGUGAUCGACAUAAACCAUGGAGAUAUAAUUAUCUUCACAAAAAUAGACCGUUUGUUUAG